GGAGCCAACUACACCACCUGAGCUACUGCUUCCUGGCGUCAUAUGGCACUCAGCGGACCUUGAUUCUAGAUACGAAGAAUUACAAUGGCAAUCCCGAAGGACUCGAGACGUUCUUCCUUCCUCUCAGCGACACUUGCACAAGUUACAACAAGUCUCAGAUGGUUGCUUGGCCAGGGAAGAAAGAUUCGCUCGUGGUGCGUUUCCCGAGUAUGGACAGACCGAAUCCGAGGCCGAACUAUUUUCCGAAGUCAAUCCCGAAGGACAUUUCCGAGCGUCUGGUGCGCCUCCACGGAGAUCCUUUUGCCUGGUGGAUGGGCCAGUUCUUCAAGUACGCCAUGAGGACGAACAAGGAUUUCCAGGAUUACAUUGAUAACCAAGCGCGAGAAAAAUGGUUACGAGUCUCCUGUCGUAGGCUUGCAGAUUCGACGGUCUGACAAGCUGAUAAGAGAGGCAGUUUACAUUGACCUCAGUGUGUACAUGCAAGAAGUGGAUGAAUUCUACAAACAGCUGGAGUUGCGACAGCCUGUUGCUCAACGGAGGAUCUUCUUGGCCACAGACGAUCCAAAAGUAAUUCCAGAAAUAAAUAAGAAGUACCCGGAGUACAAGGUCGUGUACAACUCGGCCAGUGUCGACUCGACGCGCUUGAACCAGCGGAAGAAGGCGUCGAGUUUGCGGUAUUUCCUCGCUGAUGUUUACUUCCUCUCGCGGUCCGACUUCCUCGUCUGCGGGAUGACCUCCAACAUCUGCAGGCUGUGUUACGAGCUGAUGCAGAGCCUCCACGCGGACGCCUCGACCCGCGUGUCGUCGGUCGACAGAGAUUACUACUUCCACUUCGAGGUCGAUCAUGUCGCCAAAGCUCGCUUCCCUCAUAAGCCUAGAAGGCCCGAAGAACUAGAAAUGCAAGAAGGAGAUCUGGUGGAAGGAAGCAACAGAGGUCACUUCUCCGAACAUCCCAGCAAAAACAAUGGGUUUCUGUGGGGCAAGAACACGCGCACCAACAAAUCUGGUUAUUACCCCGCUUACAAGACCGUCGAGGUUUUGAAAAAAGCAGAUGUUCUAUCCUUUGAACACAUUGACAGAAAAAAAUAAAAUCUUAUGUGUUGUUACAUUUUUUGAUCGAUUUUUUUUCUACUUGAAGCUUGUCCGAGGUUAAAGAAACGGUUGUAAUUAUGAUCUCAAAAUUAGGAAUAUUAGAUAUCGUAAGUUCCAUGUGAACACCUAAUUGUUACACGGACC